GCCUCCCCUACUGUGUCAGUGUUGGCGGACCUCCUCCCUGCGCUCGCGCUGCUCCAAACAGGUAUGAGCCAUGACGGCAGCAAGGUGACACCCACCUCUCUUCCGCUGCUGCUCCGGUGUGGUGCAACGCGGCUCCAGCUCAGCUCCCGGUGGAGAUUUGUAUAUAAAUUCCAACAUCCAUCGGACAUCCCUCUCUCCGCGAUGUCCUCCAGAGGUAAACAUGACUUGUGCCGAAUGUGUGGCGGAGCUCUCAAGGGAAACCAAAGGCGGUGGCUGUUUGGGGGCCUAAACAAGAAGACUGGUCCGCCUCGGACCCCGACAAGUUCUCUGAGGGGAGGAAGUCUGUCCCGGUCCUCACAGAGCAGCCCCUGGGGCAGCACGUCAUCUCUGUGUUCCUCAGCGUCUCUCUCCAAGUCGCAGUUAUGCCUGAGCUCCCCGUCCAAAGGGAUGGAUCUGCUCUCGGUGUUGACUCACAUACUGGGGCAUUCUGUCCCACGAGGCAGCGGGCAGGGGGAGUUUGUGUGCGGGAAAUGCAUGUGCGUCCUCGAGCGGGUAUUUAAGUUCGACUCGGUGAUAGCCAGGGUGAGGGUCCUUUCCUCCGAGAGGCUUCAGAAGCUGAUGCAGGAGAGGGACAAGAUCAGACAGGGGGUGCGCCAAAGCUAUUACCAGAGACACCCGCGGGACUUCCAGAGCAGGGGCAGCACCAGCGAGGAGGAUGGAGAUGCGGAGAAGGAGGGCUACAGGGAGAUGCUCAAAGAGAAUAUGGCACUCUCAGAGUACGAGUGCUGGUCCGAGAAGUGGGACACGUGCCCGUAUUUUACAAGAACGGGUAAAAGAUGCAGAAAGGGCAAAGGAUGUGAAGGCUGUGAUUCUUUACGGGUGUCCUGACUCAGAUUAUGAGUCUGUUUGUGGGAAUUCCUCGCCGUUUGCCUUUCCAACCCUUCUCCCCGUUGCCGUUGUCGCGGGACAAAUCUCAGAGCAUGCCCCUCCACUGGCAGAGGAUGCCAUCCUUCAGCUCCAGCCAGUCUUCACUGGCCGUGUCCACUCUCUCCUUACAAACGUCUUCCCGCACUGCGUCCAUCCAGUCUCUGGACUCUCUUGAUGGCAACGACCCGUUUGACUCGCUGGGUGUUCAGUCGGCCAACCUUGUGCUGAAGGAGCUGAGAAGUAUUGAAGGGAAGCCGGUUUGUUCACCAUCUGGCAGUAAGAUCCCAGUUCUGGGCAGGAAGUACUCGGGAGAAGUUGGGGAGACGGCGUCACCCUCCGUGAACAGGGUACUGCACUUUGGGAAUGUAGAGAACGGAGGGCAGGAAGUGGAUGAAGAGGACGGGGAUGUCCUAUCAGAGCUGAGGGAAGAGUUCAUGCCUCUUCAUCGAGAAAGCACUACUGGCAAGGUUCACUACGCUGUCAGACACCUGCGAGGCCAGCUGGACCAAGCUUUGUCCCACAUCAGGACCCUGGAGGCCGAGCUGAAACAUGGGAGGAGCAAACAAACAGAGUCCAAUGGAUCAGAAGACUGGGCCCCUUUGGUCCAGGAGGAAGGUGGCAGCUCCCUGCUGCAGAGCCUCGGUCACUCCCUGCACAGCCGGGAGCGUCUGAUCCAGGAGUGUAUGGGUCUGAUCAGAAGACUGUGUGUGGAGAAGGGAGCAGGGACUGAGCUGGCCGACAGGCUGACUGAGAAUCUGAAGGAAACUCAAUCGGUCAACAAGGCUGCCCUGCAGACUUUGAGGUUCGAAAUCACUGGGAAGGAGAAGAGCAUGGAGAAAGAGAUCGAGGCACUGAGGAAGGCUGGAAAAGACAGAGAGAGAGACCUCGACACGCUCAACACCGUGCUGCAGUGCAACCAGGAUAUUAUCAAUGACCUGCGAGUGGCUCUGGGGGAGAAGGAGCGACUGCUGAAGGAGGUGGGGAAAGAGAGGGAGGUGUGGAGACAGAGGGACCGGGCCCUUGCGUCUGUCCUGCAGGAGAAGGAGGCUCUAAUCCAGGAGCUGCAGAGCGGUCACAAAGCUGUGCAGGCUCUCUCUGACUCUGUGACUGGUCAGGGGUUGGACUGGUGAGGGAAAUGGCGCCACCUUGUGCAAGGAGGUCACCAAACUCACCACAGCCCUGCAGGAGUACCAGGACAUGGUGCAGAAUCAGCAGGAGAGUCACAGUCAGACGGUGUCCUCUCUGACGGAUCAACUCAGAAACACUCUGCGGGAGCUGCGGGAGACAGAGAAGCAGAAGAAGGAGGCCGAUAGAUCCUGGCAGAACAGCAGAGAGGACCGAGAGAGAGAGGAGAGGAAACUGAGGGACAGCCUGGAGAAGAGAGACAAACUCAUAGAGCAAAUCCUGUUGGAUGCUGAGGAGCAGGACCAUCUGUUCAGAGAGCUGCAGCAGAACCUGCAGAACAAACGUGAACCUCUGACCGCCAUCAAACACACACUGUGAUCCAGGACGACUACUGUACUGACGAGAUGCAAGCUAAUUGCUAAUUGCACAGAGACGGAAGAUUACUUUUGCACUUUCUGCACCACCUUUUUGCCUCUCUAGCAUAUUUAUCGUGGUGUACAUUAAGUCCUAUUUAUAUUUAUCUUUCUACAUUUUUGAGGUUUGCAUUUGCAGACCUGGCAAUUUUUCCACAAUUGCUACUUGACUGACUCUCGAGAGUGAAUCAGUCAUUUCAGACUUAAGAGAGUCGGACUGAUUGUUUUCAGUUAGGAGAGAUGUCAAGUCCAGCUUUUUAUAGCUGGAUGUUUAAUACUUGAUUUUAAAGAAAUCCCCAGAUUACUGUAUUUAGUUAAUUGUUGAAUGUAAUGGGUCUAAUGGUCAGGCAGUGAUUAGAUUUCAUGCAGUGGGUUUGUUGAUGCAAACCUUUCUGAACGGUAUGAUUGUUAGUGGAUCGGAGUAACAUUUAUUAUGUCCUUUAGGACAUUAGCAGGUACAAUAUUGCUUUAAAUUCCGAAUUAACCUCCCUAUGAAGCUUUUUCUAGUGUCUUUUAUUGUGUUUGUCUCUUCACCUUUUCGGUACAGCGGAACUGUCAUUAUUUUGUUUACAGUGCAAGCUUAGCACUUGUGGAGGGGAAUAGAUGGGACCAAAAUAAUAUUUUUAACAGCUUUCAUUUUCUAUUUUUAUAGCCUGCGGCUUAUUUUUUUGUUUCAUUCAUGUAUCUUCUAUGUUUACAUGUAUUGCUACUCUGGGACUUAUUACUGGAGACAUUUUCUUUCUUUUAACUCAAGAGAAUUAAACACUCUGAUCCAAAUGACUGAUGUCUACAGAUGCUGUUAUUCAUGCAUGCCUGGGGAUGUUGCUGGUUCAGAAGUGUUUUUUUCCAAAUUCUGUAUUCCCAUUAGAAAAGUUUUAUUUGAAUGAUUUAUUAAAUGUUAAUUGCCAUAUAAACACAAGACUCUCUCAGA